UAUAGCGAUCAAACUAAAUCCUCAUUGUUAAUCGUUAAGAGGCGGGAUUUGUAAGCAUCCAUGAAUGGUACUUUAAUUAAUGAUUUCCAUUCAUUGCCGAAGCAAUGUUUAGCCUAACAGUUUAUUGGUUGGCCAAUUUAAACAGGAAAUUUAUUUUAUACAUAUAAUAUAUAUACUUAUGAGACUUAAACAUUUUAGUUUGAUACUUGGAAAGGUUUUGAUCUAUACAGAAAAAAAAGUGAAAAUGCAAUCGACAACAAUAUCGAUGACAUACACAUCAAUAAGUGAGAAUAUUACAGCUAAUAUAACGUCCGACAACGGUACAACAGCAGCGUCCAAGAAAGUACUGUCUCUUUUGGAUCAACUUAAUCAGUAUUCAGAGUUCAAAGCUGCCGUUGUUAUCAAUAAUUAUUAUCUUUAUAUUUUAUGUGCGUUAGGAAUUCCCGGUAGCGCAUGUGCACUCAUUACGAUAUGUCGCAUGAAACCUCUAACUUCAUCAUCUGUAUACAUGGCGAUGCUUUCCUUAACCGACGCCAUGAAUCUCGUUUUCAAAUUGUUAUACUUGCUCCUUACACUAUAUGAUGUCCGACUAUUUGAUAAUGGUUGCAGAACUAUGUUUUUUCUCGGGACAUUUCUAAUGCAUUAUUCUAAUUGGCUGUUAGUAUCCAUGACGAUUGAACGAUUUAUUGCGAUUUGGUUUCCAUUGCAAGUCACAAAGUUAUGCACUAAAAGACGAGCCUUUAUUAAUAUGAUAGUUUUGGCAAUAAUACUGAUGGCCCUAAACUUGCAAUUCUACUGGACAACAAUUGAGCUACCACAUAAGGUAUAUGUGUGGCAGUGUUCUUUCGUAGAUGAAUAUGUGCAUUUCGUCACUAAGGUAUGGUACUGGAUAGAUGGCGCUGCUUACAGCAUAGUACCUUUCAUACUACUCUUGAUAUUUAACACGAUGAUUAUUCUUGGAAUAAAAAUGGCGUCUAGCAAACAAAGAAUGCUGACUAAUAAAAUUGACAAAACACAAAAUACCGACAAGAUUAAACACCAACAACAGAUAACUGUAAUGUUAGUCAGUAUCUCAGUUGUGUUUAUUAUCUUAACUAUGCCGAACUGUGCAUUUUUCAUCAUGCAAGACUAUUGGGAUUACACCAAAGAUGUUCAUACGUAUGCACAAUACUUUCUGGUGUAUAACAUCGUAUUUUUCCUUUCGGAUCUUAACCAUGCUAUUAAUUUCUAUAUGUAUUUUCUUAGUGGUCGUAAAUUCAGGACGAUGUUUAUAAACAUGAUUUGUUGCUGCAGAAAGAAACCACUCCGUCGGCCAUAUUCGACAACAAUGACUCAGAUGAGUUCUGUGUCAAUGCGCAAUGGAUCGGCAUUCAACACUACCUUAUCCUCUCAACAGGACAUUCUGAAAAACUCGGCAAAUGGAAGAGAUCACAGCAGCAACUCUACUGUAAAUACAAUUGCUUAAAACUUCUUAAUGUAUGAUAAGAACUUGAUAUGAUUGGAUAACAUACAAAAUACUAAAUCAGUGUACAUUAGAAUGUUAUAAGUGCGUUCGAAAUUCCGUUUUCCAUUGGUCAUUGAGAAAUUACAAAUGUUGGUGAUAGCGGAUUAUUAUUUCCACUUUGUACAAGACCUUCACGCUGAGUCGGAUUUAACGAAAAAAGUCUUCAGAAAGACGAGUCACCUUAAACGGACAUAAUUAGCCGUCCAGUGUUUGUUAUUCCUCUUUAAAGUUAUGUGCUUGGCAAAAAAUCAGCAAUUACCAACUUUUAAGGCUUUUGUUUUGAAAACGGCCGGGGUUCGAACUCCCAACCUCCCACACUUUGUGCAAACACGCUACCACGACAUCAUCGAGACAUACAUGUAUCAGAUGAUAAUAAAAAAAUAUUAUAAGGUUAUAGAUAAGAAGGCCGUUAUCUCUGUAUUCUUUUGGUGUUUAUAGCAUUUUUCAGUAAACUAUUUUCAAGAGCAGGACAAAAGCAUAAGCUUAGAAUGUGCAUGAAGUUUAUUAAAAACCUUCUAUACAAAUAAUACAAUAUGGCUUUGUAUACGAACGAAAGAUAUGCUUCUGCUACAACAUCUACAAAUUAGUGCUAGACUCAUUUAUAAAUAUAUGUAUGACACGGCCAUAUGAUGUGUCAUGUUCACCAUCAAACAUCACAACGAUGUCUGCUUACAGA